CACCCCACAGAGCACAGCGGAGAAUGUGGAAGCUACCAGAAAUCCAUACUCUUGUUCCAAUAAGGAAAGCAUGUCCAUGCUUUGAUCAGGAAUCUGGAUCUGGAUCCGGAAUUGAGUGCCGAUCACUCGGUUAAGUGAGUAACGAACGUGAAGCACAACGUCCCAUGAGAUAGCUGGGUUGGGUAUGCAUCAAGCCCGGGUCGCAAAUCCUUAUGAUGUUAUAAGUCACCUCCACCAUUUGUUACGUGGCUAACAUGAUCAAAUUCAUGGUCCUACCUGUCAGCUCGACAAUCGAACAUGGCCCUCAUUAGCAUCAUCGUGAGUUUCUGUGCGCUGGCGAGCUUUUCACGACUGGUCCACUCCACAGGUACUCUCAGUGGCUUGCCUAUACUUAAUGGCCCCAUUCCAGUUAUGCCAAAGGUUCUCGGGUCCAAGUCUCGGAUCGGCGAGUUCAUACAUCCUGGGCUAUGGCAUACCCACGAUGAUCUGGAACGCAUCAGGUUGGGUGUUCAGAACGGGGUAGAUCCCUGGAAAUCAGCAUACACCAAUUUCAGUACCAACCAGUAUUCCCAGUCUUCUUAUGUGAUUCAAGGCCCGAAGAGCAUCAUAUGCAGAGGCAGUUGUAACAACUACACUAGCUUGACCAACGAUGCUCGUGCAGCUUAUCAAAAUUCUUUGAUGUGGUAUAUUACCAAAAAUCAGAGUCAUUGGGACCGCGCCACCACCAUUCUCGACGCAUGGGGUACCAACCUGACGAGUGUCAUUGGUGCCGACACAUCGCUGCUGAUAGGACUUGAAGGCGCCUUGCUUGCGAAUGCCGCUGAGAUAAUGCGAUGGGAAGGAGGCUGGAUUGAGGCAGGAGCUAAAGCUAUUGGAUCCAGUGGCUUUUCCAAUCAACUAUAUUGGCUAUUAGCUAGGCAGUCCAUCAUAAUUGGUCAAGCAAAUUACGGCAUGGUCAGCAUCAAGGCUUUACUUGGUUAUGCGGUCUACCUUGACGACGUUACUAUGUGGAAUUACGCCAUAUAUGCUUACCAAAACGAUCCUUGUGCUGGCAUAUACGGUAACUUCGACCCUUCCACAGGGCAAGGUGCCGAGACAGGUAGAGACCAGGGCCACGCCCAGGGCGCUGUUGGCUGGUCCGCUGAAUCUGCUCGAAUAAUUCAGUCUCAAGGCACCGACGUCUUCUCCCUAGGUGACAACAUCUUACUAAAAGCUGGUGAGUAUACCGCGAAAUAUAACCUUGGAUUGGAUGUUCCAUAUGAUCCCAAAUUCUAUCGCUGUGAAGCCAUUCUUGUCAAUGGGCCGUGGAGUGGACCGUCACCUAUCAGUCGUGGUGUACUUAGCAACACACCUCGCAUAUAUGACAUCCUGUAUUACGAGUAUGCAGUGAAGAAAGGGCUCAAUGCUCCCUACAUCACGAAGAUCAAAGAAGCCCUUCAGACGACGAACGGUGGAGAAGUGCCUAAUGGUGCUGAUCAUCCCGGAUGGGGCGAUUUGAUUUGGGCUUAUCCUGGAAAAGGGAGUUUCACGAAUAAUGAUAACCGGACGCUGUGGGGUGGCGGCACUAUCGGGCAGAAUGGUACUGGUAAUCUAAACCUGCCAUAAGUUGAUCUUGUAAUGAAAUUUAUUCGGUCUACACGGGAAGCUCUUGGUAUCAUAGUUCGAACUUCAACGCUGUCUGAUAGCGUACGUUUCCUGCAAUACUACUGUUAGUACCCGUCUUGAAAAGAAAUUAAAGAAGAAGAAGAAGAAGUUAAUGUCAACCUCUGGU